GCGCGCACACGCUCCCCGCCCCCAAUCCGGGAGCCGCUCGCGGCUGGCUCCGCGCCUGAUCGCCCGGUGCAGCGCAGCUCAGCGCGGCGCAACCCGGCUACGGUUCUGCAGCCGAGCGGUCGGAGCUGGUGAGUCCUGGGCCUGGGGACCCGAGGAGGGCUCUGCAGGGAAGCUGCGAGCUGGGCUGCAGAGGUGGCAGCGGCUCCGCUUUUCUGCCUUCAGAGCAUCCCUUUUCAUUUGAGAGGGUCUGGACAAAGAGGUGUGAGCAGGCUUUCUGAGCUGGCUGGUCCAUCAUGGCGGAGAAAGUGAACAACUUCCCACCAUUGCCCAAAUUCAUCCCACUGAAGCCAUGUUUCUACCAAGACUUUGAGGCAGACAUCCCUCCUCAGCACCUCAGCUUGACCAAGCGUCUCUACUACCUCUGGAUGUUGAACAGCGUCACGCUGGCCGUGAACCUGGUGGGCUGUCUCGCGUGGCUGAUCGGAGGCGGGGGAGCCACCAACUUUGGCCUGGCCUUUCUCUGGCUUAUCCUCUUCACACCUUGCUCCUACGUCUGCUGGUUCCGGCCCAUUUACAAGGCCUUCAAGACAGACAGCUCCUUCAGCUUCAUGGCCUUCUUCUUCACCUUCAUGGCCCAGCUGGUCAUCAGCAUCAUCCAGGCUGUAGGAAUUCCAGGCUGGGGUGUCUGCGGCUGGAUUGCCACCAUCUCCUUCUUCGGGACGAACAUCGGCUCAGCGGUGGUGAUGCUUAUUCCUACGGUCAUGUUCACAGUGGUGGCCGUCUUUUCCUUCAUUGCCCUUAGCAUGGUCCAUAAGUUCUACCGGGGUAGCGGGGGCAGCUUCAGCAAAGCCCAGGAGGAAUGGACGACUGGAGCGUGGAAGAACCCACACGUGCAGCAGGCAGCCCAGAACGCAGCCAUGGGGGCUGCACAGGGCGCCAUGAAUCAACCGCAGACUCAAUAUUCUGCCACUCCCAACUACACGUACUCCAACGAGAUGUGAGGCAGCCGAGCCCCUCAGGAGGCAGGGCUGGGGGCCAGUGGGACAGGGGGCUCAAGCCACACCCUCUGUGUGGUGACCAAGCAGGGUUCCCCCUUCCCUUUUCUCCUCCCCGACUUUGUACAAAGAAUCAGAGUUAUAUAUAUAUAUGUAUACGUAUAUGUAUAUGUCUAUCCCCCCCACACACCUUUUGGGUCCUGCCCUUGGCACUCCGAGAGCUGUGCAUGCACAGGAAGUGUUUCUGUGCAUUGGUAGCUGAGUCUAUGUCCCCUUGUGAAAUAAUGUACAGUGGAGAUCUCUUGUUUGUGGUGCUAGAUGUAUGUUUAGAACUAAACCAGCUCCUCCAUCCAUCAGGUUGUCCCCCUGACCCUAGCCCAGGGACUCCAUGGGGCAGGGGGAGGCCUAGCAGAGAGCCUGAUACUUUGUGCAGGAUUAUGAACCUAAGCUAUUUCUGCCUUUAGUCCCAUUGGGAAGCAAUAGUAUUAGCGUUCAUGGUGAUAGGCAGGUUCUAGGGGAUGGGACGGAGAGGACGUUCCCGUGCUCCCUGUAGUCCUCCCUCAUCCUCCUCCUCCCCUUGUUUCUCCCUCACUGUGAGAUUCUUCAUGCUCAUUUCCCUAGCUGGCUCUCCCGUGACCUUUUUCCUCCCCUUGUCGCUUUUCUUUGUCUUCCUCUAAGGCUGAGUGUCUCAGUUAUGUCUGCUUUUAAGACUGCCCAGAUCCCCCCAAAUCCACUCCCCAGUUCCAGGAAGCUGACGCAGGAGCUGAGCCAACCCUUAUGUGGAAGGGGCACACAGCUUGGGGAUUCAGAGCCCAUUUGGUACUUGACAACCCAGGGAAUGGAAAUGCAGAGCUGGUCUCCUUGAUUCUGAAAGUCCGGCCUGCAGAGGCAGGCUUCUCCUUCUCCCUCUCCUGGCGUCCAUCCCUUUCUGCCCAGACCCACCUUAGCUGCUCUGCAUUUCAUGCUGGGUUGUAUGAGGCACUUGCAGGUGUAAAGGCAGUGGUGGAACAGAGGGCACGCAGCUCAUCAUUGGUCCCUGGGGAAGGCGUGGCUGGCCCCAGCCCUAAAGGGCUUCUAGCUCCUCAGAGUGACCACUGGAUUCCUGGAAGGAGUAGCUAUUCUACUUGAAUCUGGCAGAAAGGAUAGAAGUUAGGGAAGUCAAAUAGGACCCGUUGAGAGGGCGGCUCACCUCUCCAGUCUCACUUGUCCCUGGCUAUAGGACACAUUCUGCGGAGGUGCUCCCAGGCCCAGUUCAAGCUGCAAGCACAAUGUCCUGAAUAGCUUUCCUGCUUGACAGGGAGGAAGAGCAGGAGGGCUCUGCCUUUAGUUUUUAGUUUAGUGGGUUCUGCCCAUCCCUCCCCCUUCCAUUCAAGAGCACGGCGGGACUUGAUUCCCGGCCUUUCCUUCAUCCUCUCAGAACUCUCAUCUCUCUCUAGACUGAUCCUGGGACUGCAUCUUUCAAGCAGUGCGUGGACACUGUCUGGUAGCAUAUCCCACUCUGUGUGAGGCCUGAGGUGGGUGGGCCUUCCCAAGGAGCAGCCGGCUCUUUCUCAUCUCCUUGCAACAGAAACGCGCCUGGGCUAGGGAGACUGGAAAACUAUUCACGUUGGUUUGCCUUGGACCCUAAGACCGGUGGGCCACCUUGAACUUUGAUUUUUAUCUUCUUCCUGUAAGAGAAACAAAGAGUGUCUGGAAAGUUCCCUUCCUAUUGCCUCCCUAGGCUUAGUUAAUUCUCUUUCUUACUGUUUUCUCUAUGGAUGGCAGUUGUCAUAGCUCCUGCUACCCUAAGAGAUUCUAGGGCUAGGCCCUUCCUCUUCCUCUUCCCUUCUCCUGGUUUCCUUUCUCUUAGUCCUCUGGUACUUCCAGGAGGGCUGUGAUCCAGCUGCCAGCCUGGCAUCCACAAGCUGUUGGAUGUUACCCCCAGUCAAUUUCCUGUCCUAUCUGCCUCUCCUCUUUCCUGGCUCAGACCUAUUGGCCACCCCUGGCACUGCCCUUGGGAAAGCCUGUUAGCAGUGUCUGGCCCAGCUGCUCAGGCACUGGGAUGCUGUAUCUCCAGGCAACUAUGCACUUUCACGAGGAGGGGCCCAAGAUGAGAAAUGGGGCUGGGCACAGAUGGUUUGCUUGAGGGGUGGGAGAGCCCAGUCGAUGCUGGGGAUCCUCCUGUCUGUUGCCAGCCAGUGGCCUGCUUUUGCAUUCUCCUGGUGCCCACUGCCCCUUGUUUCUGAGAGACACAAACUAUCCCCUCAUUGGCAGUUGAGCUGCCUGAGCCAGUGUCUGUCUGUGUAACUGGACGAACAAAAUAAAGGGAUCAUCUGACCCUGU